CGCCGCGCAGUGAUGCAGAGCCAUGUGCGCCAAUGUGUACCACACUUUGGAGGAGAGCAGUGGUUAUUUUUGUUCCUCGUCUGUUCCAGAUUCUGUACACUGGGAAAUAUGUUGCAGAAUUUUGCUUGAUGGCAUUUAAAAGCUCCUUAUAGAUGAAAGCGAGAUGGAACAGAAGUAAUGAGAGAAAAACAGCAAGUAAAUACGUCCCAAACAGAGCCGGAGAGAACAAAACCAGCUGAAACUGGACAGAAGAGGAAACAAGAGGCUGAAAGGAGUGAGAGAGUGAGGGAGAGGAUGAAGAGAGGACUAGAGAUGACUGAAAAAAAACCACAUUCAGCAGCCUCUCCGGAUGGCGGAUGGGGCUGGAUGAUCGUGGCUGGAUGUUUCCUCACCACCGUUUGCACACGUGCGGUCACUAGGUGUGUUUCCAUCUUUUUUGUGGAAUUCCAGUCAUACUUUUCCAGAGAUUAUUCUGCAACUGCAUGGAUACAUUCUCUGCUGGACUGCACUACAAUGUUGUGUGCACCACUGGGAAGUUAUAUUGGGAACCGCCUCUCUUCUCGUAUAGCUGUCAUGAUUGGUGGACUUCUUUCCUCUGCUGGUCUGGUGCUCAGCUCACUGGCCACUAGCGUAGAGUUCCUGUAUCUUACACUGGGUGUUCUUACAGGUGUAGGAUUUGCUCUCAGCUACACUCCUGCAAUCGCCAUGGUGGGUUCUUACUUCAGCGAGAGAAAAGCGCUGGCUUACGGGAUCGCCAUGUCAGGCAGCGGCAUUGGAACCUUCAUACUAGCACCGGCUGUGCAACUCCUCAUUGAGUUCUUCUCCUGGAGGGGUGCGCUGCUCAUUCUGGGGGGUUUGGUGUCUCACCUGUGUGUCUGUGGAGCCCUUAUGAGGCCUUUGGAAGGCCAAAGAGGGAGGCAGAAGGAGAUGGACUUGGAGGGUAACAAAAAGGUUGAUUUACUGAAUCUAAAACUUGAUGGAGUCCUCGAUGUUGAAUUGAGUGCACAGGAACAGAGAUCAGUGGAGGUAAAACAUAUGGAUACAGAUAAAAUGAUGAAAGACAGAGGGGGGGGGGAACAAGCUGACAAUAUGCCAUGGGAUGGAAAAGAACAGAUGGAGGCAGACUUAUGGCCCUCUGAUGCAAAGCAUACACACUCCGAUGAGGAGCUAAACCAUAGACAGGAUCUCUCUGAAAACUCAGAGACUGUGAACGGAAGCGCAGAUGAAUGGAACAUCUCAGUCCCAACUUUAAUACAAUCAGAUGACUUGCCAGCUAUCCCAGAAUCAAAACCCGAAGCAAACGCUAACCACACCAUUCUGGCACAAUCAAAGGUGUUAAACACAAACAUACUGAAGGAGUCCAAGGAAAAUGUAUCGUCUAUCAUAAGGAAACCUGUAUUGAGAGAAUAUUCCUUCCUGUUGAUACCAGACUUCCUGUUGCUGUUGGUGUCCUUCCUGUUCCUUGCAUAUGGUUGCAGUGUGCCAUUUGUGUAUCUUGUACCAUAUUCACUGAGUGCAGGCGUCAGCCCUCAACAGGCAGCAUUACUCAUGUCCAUACUUGGAGUGUCAGGGAUUGUCGGAACUAUCACUUUCGGAUGGAUUGCUGAUAGAAAGUGUUUGAGGCCAUAUAGGGUGGUGAGUUACAUGCUGGCUGUGGGGUCGGAAGGGCUGAGCUGUCUCUUUCUGCCUCUGCUGAGUGGUUUUUCCCUCCUCGUCCCCUUUUCUCUCAUCUACGGCUACUUUGACGGAGCUUACGUGGCACUUAUUCCUGUGGUGACCUCUGAUACUGUCAGCUCCACCCAACUGACCUCAGCUCUGGGAGUUGUUUACUUCCUCCACGCCAUCCCCUACCUCAUCAGCCCACCUAUUGGAGGUUGGCUAGUGGAUCAGACAGGCUCCUACACAUCUACAUUCUUCCUCAGUGGAGUCUCUCUGAUCUGCAGUGCUGUGAUUCUGGCUGCUGUGAGAGUGAUCAUCCGCUGCACUAGAGGGAGCUCUUGCUUAAACUGACUCACAACCAGGUACAGGAGAUUUCUAAAGCAGUAGAAAAGUACAGCAAUAUUGCUGUCAAGAAACAUGAAAGUGCCUCCUCUGGAAUUA